AUGUCUUUCAACAUACUGCGAGUGUGGUGGUUUUUUGUUGCCUGCGCACUUGCGCAGCAUGCAAAUAUCUCGAAUGGAUUUAACGCGACAUUGACAAGUCCCAUUUCGCGAUCGUCCGCCAUCGACCCAAUCCUUUCUUGCGACCGAGAAUGGGCAUCUUACUCGAAGUCCAGCAUUCUGGCCUACAAACCUACCUCUGAAGUAACGAUGACCAAAGUUACCGUGUAUACAGAAACUGUCUAUCAAACGACAUAUACCUGUUCAUCAACAUGUGGGUCCGUAUGCUAUGCGGAUGUUACCACUACCGAUUCAACGAUCUCGGAAAUUACUAGCACGCAAACUGAGGUUUCUACCAAGUGGGCGAAAUACAAUGGGACUGCGCCAACAUGCACCAUCCCCUCAACCGCCUGCAAGUCCAUCUGGGAGGUUUGGUCUCAGUCGACGUCUGUGUGGAACACGUGGUAUAACAAUAUGGGGCCUCCCGAGUCGGAACCUCCUUGGCCGUACGCUACACCUGGGUGCAAACACUGUAGUCAAACUGGUUGCUGGAUUCAAGGAUCUGGGAAAUUGCAACUCUACUACUGGCCAGUCCCGACCACGGUUGCGCGGGAUAUGUGUACAGACUUUCCCACUAAGGGGUAUUUUGACCCUUGGCAGAGUGGCAAGUAUAGUAACACAAGCUAUACGCCUAUUACAACUGGCCCUUCUACAGUCAUCGAUGGCAAUACGUACUACCAAGGCAAUGUUUACCUCUCUAUCCCAUUGGGCAGUGUCACCGACAACUGCCGAUCCACACUUGGUGGUGUCCAUUCGAACAUUCUUUUGACCUUGGCUUCGACCGAUAUAUAUACAAACCGAAACGAUAAGCUGGGAAUCUACCCGAUUGAUUACGCUGAUUUCAACACUCCUUACCCUUGGAGUGCAUACAAAGGAGCCUUGCAAGACUGUCUUACUGGCAUGAACAUUAAAAUGGGGCCAUGGUGUACCCGAUCUGUCGUUUUCCAGGAUCAAUUCCAUCCCAUUGUCCAACUCCCAAUCUCAAUGCAGUGGGUCGACCCAGCGUGGAGUGGCUGUACCCUUGCAAUGGCGCUUCGCGAUCCGCCAGUCGCUUUGUCGCCGGUGUCUAUGGUGAUAACAAAGCCGGCUGCAGCCCCUGCCCAAACUACACCUGCACUACCACCUAGUAGUCCAAAAGCGGUGGCUACUCAAACAAAAGCCUCGGAUCCUGGACGUGCUGGACAUCGACCCGGUAAACCUGAGCAUGGCGAUCCGGAGGAUUCUCCACGGCCGUCAGGGACGGCAGGGAUACAGAACAGCCCAACCACCCCAAUAGCGCCGGUAGUUACGAUCGGUCCAACCAUACUCCCCCUGGAUCCAAACGGCGGUGGCCUAAUUAUUGAUCCCGGCACAACAAUUCAAAAAGGUGGUACUGCGGUGACUAUAUCUGGAACCACGAUCAGUAUUGGCGACAGGUCUGUCACACUCAGGUCUCCGGCCGGGGUGACCUCUAUCCCCAUUGGAAGCGCCGGCUCAUCCGCCCACAUCACAGUCGGUUUUCAGGAGCUUAACUUCGAUUCUGCAGGAAAUCUGCUUGCUGUAGGAGUGACAUUGAAGCAGGGAGAUCCCGCGAUAACAAUCGCCGGAUCGGUGGUCAGCAUGGGUGUGUCUGGAAUUUUAAUCACGAAUCCAGGGACCGGUGUAAUCAAGUCCAUAUCCCUCUCCAGCCUUCAAGGCAUGCAGGUAAUCAAUGUGGGCGACCAGGCAUUGACAAUUGAUCCAGCUGGGAACCUGGUACUCCAUGACGGGAAGACGCUGCAUAUUGGUGAUCCAGCCAUUACAAUCUCAGGAACAGUUAUUAGCAUUGGAACUGCUGGAGUUGUGGUAACUGGACCAACUGGGAGUACUAGCUACAUUGACAAAGUGGGAUUGGGAAAUGAGUAUGGGGCAGGCGGGAUAUCAGUGGCUUCAUCACUAUCCGGAGCAUCCCAGCAAUUGAACGAAGCUUCAACAACGAGUGCCGUACAAGCGCCGUCACCAAAGGGGAGCGCGGGGGGGCAUAAAUUAGAAUGGAAACCGCCUAACCGGCCUUCAUUCCAACAAAUUGAUUCCAAAGCGAAGCUGAGGGGCAAGUUGUUGGCGUCUCGGUUCUGUUCCGCCUCCGCUUCUGAUUGCCCUUGCGAUAGCCGCGCUUUCCUGUUACUUAACAUUGGGCAAUACGCACAGGAGCCUGGGCCCGCGCGGCAGCCGGAGAGAGCUGUGGAACCUGGGAAGAUUUACCCCUCACAUCUACAGCGAUGUCUUCCCCAUCCGCGCCUGCCUUCAAUCUCAACGGACAAUUGCACUUUUUCCAUAUCCGCAGGAUGA